AUGCCUCAACCAGUAACAUUAAACGUUAAGUUAAAGAUGUUUUUAAGAAUUGCCAUACAACGGCUCCGUUAUGCCCAGGAAAAGCAGCAAGCAAUUGCUAAGCAAACAAGACGGGAUAUAGCACACUUAUUAUCGCAGGGUUCAGAGCAUAAGGCUAAAUAUAGAGUUGAGACUUUGAUAAAUGAUGAUAUGCAUAUUGAAUUACUUGAGACUUUAGAGCUUUAUUGUGAAUUACUUCACGCUCGUGUAACAAUUUUAUGUGAAAUUAAGGAUGAAGCAGAUUUAAUAGAACAUCACUCAGAUAAUGGAAUUAAUGAAGCUGUAAGGGCACUAGUUUACGCUCAAAAAUAUGUUCCUGAAGUAAAGGAUUUGCAGAAGGUCAAAGAAUUACUUAGGUUAAAGUUUGGAGACGAUUUUUUGGUGGCUAUUGUUGAAGACAAGACCGGAGUUCCAGAAAAGGUGACUGAGAAAUGCCUACCGACAUUACCAUCAUCAAGGUUGACUGAUUUAUUCCUAAGAGAGAUUGCAAGUACAUAUGAGGUUCCGUACAGUAGGCUUGACAAUGAUGACAAGAAUUCUGAAACCGGGGAUGGUAAUAAUGUUGAAGGGGAUGAGAGUGAUGAUAAUAAGCCUAUAAUUGCACUUGAUAAUGAUGAAAUAGAGGAUAGGAAGCACCCAAUUACAGUUAAGAUGCCUCGGAAAAAUAUUGAGACUUUGGAAAAGGAUUUAAUGGUUCCAACAUCCAUUGCUAAAGAUGUUAAAAUAUCUCAUAAGAAGGAACCGAUUUCAGCAGACGCAGGAAUAGAGGAUCUACGGAAACGGUUUGCUGCGUUACGGAGGUGA